UUGAUGCGUGAAACGGCCAAGCAGCAGGGCGUGCGACUGGUGGGGGAGAUGCAGCCAUGUGUGGGCUGCGUGAAGGCGAAGGGCAGGCGGGCACCGGUGCCGCGGCGUGGCACCCGCGCGGCGGUACCGUUCGGCAAAGUCCACAUCGACCUCACGGGCCCGUUCUCUGACGCGUUGGACGGCUCCCGGUACCUGAUCAUGUUCGUGGACAGCGCAUCGCGGUGGCAACGGGGGUACGGGAUGCGGGCCAAGAGCGACACCCUGAAGUUCGUGCAGCGGUUUCUCGCCGACAUGAACGGCAUGGGCACUCCGGGGUGUUUCCGCAUGGACAACGGCGGCGAGUUCACCGGCUCCGCGUUCACCUCGUUCUGCGACGCUGCUGGCAUUCGGCGCGAGUACACCGCCCCCGACACCCCCAAGCAAAACGCGGUGGUCGAGAGCGCCAUAUGGCGCGCCAUGAAGGGGGGCCACGCCGCGCGCCGCCACAUCCUCGCCAUGGGUCACGUCGACCCCUCCUCCAUCCCCAACCGCUUCCUCGCCGACAUGAACGGCAUGGGCACUCCGGGGUGCUUCCGCAUGGACAACGGCGGCGAGUUCACCGGCUCCGCGUUCACCUCGUUCUGCGACGCUGCUGGCAUUCGGCGCGAGUACACCGCCCCCGACACCCCCAAGCAAAACGCGGUGGUCGAGAGCGCCAUAUGGCGCGCCAUGAAGGGGGGCCACGCCGCGCGCCGCCAAAUCCUCGCCAUGGGCCAUGUCGACCUCUCCUCCAUCCCCAACGUCGGCGUCAACGGACAUCGCUUGUGGCUCGCGUCGGCGCUGUGGGCAUCCGCCUGCUUCAACCGCUCGGCGACGAAGGCCAACCUGGGCUGGAUGUCUCCGUUUGAGGCGUUCUUCGGCCGGAAACCGCCCCUCACCGUCGUCCCUUUUUUCCAGGAGGGGAUGAUGCGCGUGAAGCGGGCCACCAACGCGGACGUCCAAUCCGCGCGGUGCUUCUACCUGCACGGCGCCAACAACCACUCGACGUCUACCGCCGUCGUUCUUCGCGCUGACACCGGUCGCCUUGCCCUCACCAACAACGUCGUGUGGGUCAACCGCCAGGCAGGGGCGCCGGCGCCGGUGCCGGGCAUCGGGGGGGUUCUUCGAUCACCGCGGCGCCCUCGCCGGCCACCGCCGUACCUGCGGCCGAUGCCACACCGCCGCCGCCCCCGCCAUCAAGAACGUACACCUACAUCCCGCCUGCACCAGCGACCACCAGCAACAACGCCGCCCCGUUCGCCCCCGGGCCUGCCGCCGCCGCCGCCGCAGCGCACCAGCGCCGCCACCCCCGCUCCCCCGCACCCGCCGCUUNCGAGGGUUCACGGCCGCACACGCGGCGAUGGAGUGCGGUUCAUGGAUGAGCAACAAAAACCGCCGUCGCCACCCGGUGGCGGCACCGCUCUCCACCACCGCCUUGAGCUGUUGGACAUGAUGGACAAGGACACCCUCAUCUCGUCGCUCGCCACCCGGGAGGCCGUGGAUCAAGGACGCCGCGACCUACCGCCCCCGCCGCAGCCGGAUCCGAGUCUUGGAGGCCGUGGAAGCGGGGGGGCUGUGGGAGCUGGGGGGCCCGUGGAUUCUGGGUGGGGAUGGAGACCGCAGAUGCUCGCAACGAUGUUAGCCACCCGCGAGGAUGAGNAACAACCGCCGUCCGGUGGCGGCACCGCUCUCCACCACCGUCUUGGUCUUUUAGCGAUGAUGGACAAGGAAUCCCUCAUCUCGUCGCUCGCCAC